GAGUUAGCCCGGGUGCUACUCCAAAAGAAAUAACCAGUGCUUACCGAAAAUUGGCCUUGGUACACCAUCCCGAUAAAGGCGGUUCCAACGAAAAGUUUCAAGAAAUAAACGAAGCAUAUGAAAAUUUGAUGAAAGAAGUAUCAAAAUCCAAACCCAGAAGGGAAUUUAAAUUUACGCCCGGCGCUGAUCACUUUAAGGAAUUUGAGGAAUUUUUAAGAGAAAUGGAAAGAGACUUGAAUGACAUAGGAGAAGAUUUGAAUGACAGGCAAAAAGCGUUGGCAGAGGAGGCCAUACAGAACACGCAACAAAAUCCUUAUAGUGAUUGGAAAGAAAAGUUUAGAAAGUCAAGUGGUGAUGAUUUCACGGCAUUUCUAAUCAAAAUGAGUAGUGCGAUUGAGGAAGCGAGAAGAAAAAAAGGAGAAAAUUUUAGCAGUGAGGGGAAACCUUUUUCAACCAGCGGUGAUAGAAUUGCACAAUUAGAAGCCGAAAUUAAAUAUCACGAAGAAUACAUGCUUAAAACUUCUUGCGAAGAAGAAAAACAAAAGUGCCGAAAAAUAAUUGAUAAUGCGAAAAAGGA